AUGUGGAAUGUAUUUAACUUCAAUAAUUUUGACGACAAGCUGAAGAACAACAAAAAUGAGAAGGAGGUUUAUACGCACGAGGACUUGAGGUACUACUUUGAAAAGCUAGUCAAGAUAAACCUCAACAACGUUAACAUAAACAACUUCAUCGAGCUGCUGCGGAAAAUCACGCAGAUAACAAUUUGGGGCGACAAAUAUGAUGAUCAGAUUUUUCAGUACUUCUGCGAAGACAACAUCUUCAACCACUUCAUAUACCUCCUGAGGCAAGACAUUAACAAGAGCAUAAGGAUACAAAUCUACCAGUCCCUCACCCUGCUCAUACAGAACCUGCAAAAGGAUAUUUCUCUGUACUACAUCUUCAGCAACAACAAAAUCAACAACCUAAUUUACACGACGUUCAUUUACCAAGACGAUGAGAUUAUGCCCUACUACAUUUCCAUGAUAAAGUCCAUUUCGUUUUUCCUGAAUUACCACACGUCCAAGUUUUUCUUUAACGAGAAGAGUAUGAAAUUCCCCCUGUACACCGAAGCGCUGAGGUUGUACAAGUUUAACGACAUCAUCACGCGAACCUACGUUAAAAAUAUUAUCCUAAACAUUCUGAAGAUUGAAGAUGAAGGGAUUGAAAACCUUAUCCUCCUGCGGUCCGCUUUCUUCACCAUCCUCGUUUGCUACCUCCGCAAUCACAUCAUAAAGAUGAACAAAAUUUACACAAAAAUUAAGGAGUCGGAAAAAUUGAAAAAAAUGUUUAACACGUAUUUGGACGAAGUGGACGACGUGUUGUACUUUUUCGAGGACAUGCUGAACUGUGAGAAGAAAAGGAUAAAUGAUAUGCUGGUGGUUAAGCUGCUAAUUUAUUUUUUUUUCCCCAUGAUUGGUUCGUUUCAUAGUUCUAUAUACUUCGACUGUGUGAGUGGCUAUGGGGAGGGGGGUAUCUGCGAGGAAGACACUGGAGGGGCAAACGGUAACGACAGUGGCAACGCAAGUGGAAAUGGCAAAGGGGGUGACUUCGAAGGGGGAGACAAAAGGGAGGAUGCAUUCUUCCGCAAGGAAGGCCAAGUGGCCAACACUACUAACCCUGCGAAUGAGAGCAGCAUCGACUAUGUGUACUUUUCCAGUCAGAAGAACGGGGAAGAGAAUGCUGCUUCAGCUGAGGGGGAGGACGUCAUGGUGGACGUUCCCGCAGAUAGUGAAGCCAAUGGGGAAGACCCCACAGAUGAUCAUUCGAAAAUAGAGGAGGAGGGGGUGGUCCCCCUCUGUGACCACUCCGGGGGAAGCAAACCCUGUGAUGAGGAGGAGGUAGAGCAGCAACAGCAGAUGAACCAAAGCGACCCCUCACAGGAGGUCAUAGAAAGCAUUAAGCGUAGUAACCGUGUGCCAUUUAUAAAGAUCUUCGAUAACAACUUAAAUAACGUAAAGAAUUUCCACUUUUGCAAAAAUCUGUCUUCCUCGAAUGCCUCCUCCGUGAACUCGAACGUGAGUAACGUCGAAAUGGACAAGGCGGCCACAGCGGAACCGCAGGAAGAAGCGUCAAUCCAGGCGGAAGGGUCAAUCCAGACGGAAGUGCCAACCCAGGAGGAACCACCUACCAACACGAAGAAAAGCGGCAAGAAGGGAGACAACACAUAUGAAUUCCUCUACUUCAGAGGGAGGAAAAGCUCCAAUAAGGAAAAGGCGGCAGAAGAUAAGCCCCCCGAGGGGGGGGAAGAAGGGAAGGAUGUAGACAGUGAGGGGAAUGCACAGGGAAAAGUGGAAAAAGAUGGCGAGAAAGGAGACGACCAGCUCAUCAAGGAAAAUGAGCUGAAAGAUAGCUACUUUAAAAAACGAAAGAAGAAGAAAAUUUUCAUCCAGAUGACCUCGACGAAUGGGGUUCUUCAUAAGAAAAGGCGGGGCAAAACAUCAAAUGGGAAUGGCUUCUCCAAUGGUAAUACGAAUGGUUACCCAGGCGUAGAGGACGAAUUAGGAGAAGCACAGCAGUUAAUGCAAGGUGGUGCUUUCUGGGAAGAAGUGCAGAAGAACAACCUAACCCACCUAUGCCACGUGGAAAUUCCCACUUUACAGAAGAAAAUCACCUUCGACGAUAACGCAACCAGCGACCUGUACAAUUACCUCUUCAAUUUCAACUCCUUCACAAAGAAGGUCCUGAAUCACUAUCAGAACAAGAUGAGCGUAACAAAUGUAUAUUACAAAAUUUUCAAACUGGGUCUGCUCCUACACCCCCUAUGUUACGUGAACUCUUUUAAAAAUUUCUCGAUCCUCUACAAUUACCUAAUUAACACCACCUUGUCUCUCUUCAUGCUGAUACGAUCAUUGAGCAUUUUAAAGAACGACAAGUUGAAUCAAAUUGUCUACUCCCUCAUUUUUGGCGAGUACAUCAAUGUCCAAUUUCUGCACAGAAUUCUAUCCAACGAACUUAAGGAUCCCUACUUUUACAACUCCUUUUUUGAUCCCCAUAAGAAGAUCAACAUAAGUGAGAAUCCCACGGAUGACCAAGAAUUUGAAAAUGUGUAUUGCUCCUCUAUUGAUCAUUUACUGCCUGAGUAUAACAAGGAGGAGGAGAUGGUUACCCUGGAUUUCGUGAAGGGUUGCUACACGGGGGGGGGAUCAGUCGGUUGCACUACCGCUGUGAAAACGCCCAGUCCAACCGCCACCACAAUAAGCGGGCCACCCAACGAGAUGAUGAAGUACGACGAACUGAGCAACCCGAUAUUGCUAAACUUCCUCCUGCUGACCAACGUGCAGAAGGAAAAAAAUAUAAAAAAAUGCGAAAAGGACAACAUGAAGAAUAAAAUAUCAGAUGUGUAUCUGCUCCUAAGCAUCCAGUUCGUUUCAAAUUUUGUCAAAUCGUAUAAUGGAAAAAUGAGUGACAUAGAUAUCCCGUUUUUUCAAAUUUCUCACCACAAUUUUGUAUACGUUUUUUGGAGCAUCAUAAAUGUGCAUAUAAAUAAUUUGUACCUUCGAAUUAUAACGUUGAAGCUUCUCAUCAAUUUGACGCUGUUCUACAUUGGGAUGAUAGAGGACAAGCGUGUGUGCGUGGACUUUGCCGCCCCGCUGCUGGGGCUCAUUCAGAAGAUCAAGAAAAAGCUAGCCAACAAAAUCAAAAGCAUCAUUGGCAAGAUGGAGUAUAAAGUGUGCCAGAUCUUUUGGGAGGAAAGCAAAAUAUACGAGAACUGCUUUCAGGAGAAGAUUAACAUUUGCCGGGACUCUGUCCUCAUAAACAUCGUGAAUGACGUGGAUGAAUCGGGCGACAACAACUUCCUGUGCUACCCCGUUUCGCAGAUUGAAAUAUAUCGAAGGAAUGUGCAUGUAGGAAUUAACGGCGGUGAAGUCGCCGUGAGGGCCCUGUUUGUCCUAGACGGAGUGUCCACCAAACUGCAAAGACUCCUUUCCUUCGAGAAAAGCGAACAGGAUCAUACGAUUCCCUUCGACUUUAACUACAACGACAUGUCAGCCCUGAUCGACAUAAAGAACAAGAACACCAUCAAGUGCUACCUCAAGAAUAACAACAAAAUUUUCAACUGCUACUACAUCGAAGACAGCACGAACUUCCUUCUGUGCAUCCCCUCCAACAGUCACGUGAAUCAGGCACUAAUCAUUUUCAGCUAUCCCCUAAUGCUCAUCGAUCUAUACAUUGAUAAAAACGACAACAAAAAAUUAAUAAUCCACAUUUAUGGCUACAACAAUGAGGACCCUAACAACGUGGAAGAUUUUUCUGGAGGGAAUUUUAACAACUCAGAAAAAAUAUUUCACAGCAACAAUUUGGAGAGUAAUUACAUGAACACGGUCAGGUGCUACAGCUCCAACAAUGAGGACGGCCUUCUGGAGGACAGUCCCAAAGUGCACAAAAACGACUACAUACUGAACAAGUACAGCUCUGCCUACAAGAAGAACAGGACCAUAACUAGUAUGAAGAAGGAAUGGUGUCACAAGGAACUGAACUUCAUGAAGAACGUCCUGAAGCUGAACUUUUAUGACACAACCAGAUCGCUCAUUGUCUACAAGGAACUCAAAUCAGGGAUACAACACAUAAACGAUAAGUAUAAGAAAAAGUUGGAGGAGUACCUCAACACGUUCUAG